CACUCCCAAGGGCUCUUCCAAAGGCUUGAAAAAGCCUCUUAAAAACGGCAGCAGAGAUCGAAGGCAGUUAAGGGAGAGGGAGAAAAAAAAAAAGGAAGAAAAAACUUUGGCAAGCGUGCAGUGUCUUACAUCAAUCUAGCAGUCAGCAUCGAUGUAGAUGUUCUUUCCUCCUUUUGUGCAACACCCCUUCCCUCCUACAGACCACCCAAAGCCCUAUAAAUAAUCCAAGGACCGUAUUUUUUCUCCAGCUUUCUCUUCAGACCUCGAAGGGAAAAUAUCAGGCGGGAGAAAGAAACAGAAGAGAGAGAGGAGGGCAGAGAGAGAGGAGAGAUGGCCAGCGAAUUCAAAAAGAAGAUGUUCUGGAGGGCGGUGGUGGCCGAGUUCCUCGCCAUGAUCCUCUUUAUUUUUAUCAGCAUUGGCUCGGCUCUGGGUUUUAAUUUCCCAGUGUCAGUCAACGGGACAUCAGCAACUCAGGACAACGUGAAGGUUUCGCUGGCUUUUGGGUUAUCCAUCGCGACCAUGGCGCAGAGCGUGGGCCACAUCAGCGGUGCCCACCUGAACCCGGCGGUGACCCUGGGCCUCCUGCUGAGCUGCCAGAUCAGCAUCUUCAAGGCGCUGAUGUACAUCCUCGCCCAGUGCCUGGGGGCAGUGGUGGCCACUGCCAUCCUGUCUGGAGUCACCUCCUCUCUGCCCCACAACUCCUUGGGGCUCAAUGCGGUAAGCUGA